AUGAGAUAGAGAUAAACAUAUUAACCAAAUUAUCUUCAGAUUUCUUAAAUAGAAAAAACAAGAAGAAAUGCGUAUUCUUAUGGAAAGGAUCUAAAAACGCCUGACUCAAUAAAACCUUUAAGUGCCUUAAUGAACUUGAGACUUUUCCUUUAUAAAACAAAAUAAAAAUUAGAAUAUAAACAGGCAAGCCAAUUUUGCAGAAAUGAUCCUUUAAUAAAAGAAUAGCCUUCUUUUUUAUAUAAUAAAUUGUAAAUAGAAUAGGAUAAUCAUAUAAAAUUUCAAGCAUAUUUAGAUGGAGAUUUGUAAGCUGAUGAAUACUUGACUUUACAAAACUAUAAGAGACUGUAUAAAAUAACAAAGAAUGAUAACGGAUCUUUUGAUAACUCAAAUGAUGAUAUGCCAUAUCUAACUUAAAGAGAAAGUGCUUUAAAAAAAUUGAAAGAGAGAAUUAUUCAUAGGCAUAAUAUGAAUAAAAGAAAGAGGGGAUCAGAAAUUAGCAGUUAAGUAGAUACUUCUAAAUGUGAUACUCCUGGUAUAUAAAUAGCUAAAUAACUUAAAAAAGUUAUAAUAAGAAAACAUAUGAAUAAAAUAAAUGAAGAAUUAACAGCGUAUUGAAUAUUAUUUAUUUAGAGAAAAAACUUUAAAAAAUUUAAAGAUGGUUUAGAAUGCAGAUUUUGCAGUUCAAUAACUUCAAGAAACACUUGAACAAGAUAAAACUAUUUAGAGUAGUAUUAAAAAAAAAGUAAAUUCAACGAAGCAUUUAAAAAUAAUUACAAGAAGAAAUAAAACAGAGUUUGGUGAAGAUAAUCAAGAUAGCAGAAUUUAGUUAAGUAAUGAAAUAACAAAUAUGGCAAAUAAGACAAUUUUUGAAUAAUAAGAUAUUAAUUAAUAGAAAUAAUUAAAAUCAAAAACUCUCAAAUUUUCAAAUGCUAAAAUGAAUUAGAUAUUUAAGCAGAAAUCUUAAUAAUCAUUUCAAGAUUAAAGAAAAUGUGUAACAGAUAGAUCUCAAUAAUCCUAUUGUUAGAAAAAUAAUUCUAAACAAAAACUACAUUAUUAGGGGGAGGAAAAAUUAGAAGAAAGAGAUGAUUCCGCUGAAUCAAGUCUAUGUUCUUUAUUUGAAAAGAAGAUCAAUCAUUUAUAUAAUUAGAGUAUCUUAUUAAAGAAGAAUAUUUCAACUAAAGAUAGUUUAAUCAAACGUAUAAAACAUAUGCAAAGCUUUAAUUAAAUUGUAGGAGAAGCAGUGCAAACAAAUAAUUAAAAAUUAUAUUAAAUUUGA